AUGGAGGACCAGACGAUCAAGGUAUUUGCCAGGGUAAAACCUGGAGAUGAAGCGAAGCCUAUUGUCAACGUAGAAUCGGACCAAAGCAUUCUAAUUGGUCGUGAAAAGAAGAGCUACACAUUUGAUCACACAUUCCGACCACAAUGUCAGCAGGUGAGUCCAUUUUUUGUGUUUUAUACAUCAAUUUAAUGAUUUAACGUUAUUUUUUGUGUUUUAGGUCCAAAUCUUCGAGAAGGUUGGAAAGGCAAUCUUGAACGGAGUCCUCGAAGGAUUCAAUGGGACGAUAUUCGCUUAUGGUCAAACUGGAUCUGGGAAGACCUACACGAUGAAUGGACCUGAUAUCCAGGACCCGAUCAAAAAGGGUCUGAUUCCCCGAUGUCUAGAAUAUCUUUUUGAUAACUUAGAGCAAAAGAAGCGGACGGUAAGAUAAACUAUUUUUUGUAUUUUUUUAUGUUUAGGUAUCAUGGACAACAUAAUUUCUUUCAGAACUCCGACACUUUUUCAUAUGAAGUGACCUGCUCGUUUGUCGAGCUUUAUAACGAGACGAUCUAUGACCUCCUCGACUCAACCAACCAGCCGAAAAUACGAAUGAACCUAAAUAAAGUUGUAGCGCUGGAAGGUGCCUGCACCUACAUUGUCAGUGAUGUAAAUCAAGUGAUUCAUCUGAUACGGAAAGGAUGCCACAACAGACACGUAGCUGAGACAAAAAUGAACCGUGAAAGUUCACGGAGUCAUUCGAUCUUCAUUAUCAGUGUUCAAAUGAAGAAAGAAGAAGAUGGAGUGGUUAAUUUGAAGACUGCUCAACUAAAUUUGGUGGAUUUGGCUGGAUCAGAACGUCAGAAACAUAGUAAAGCGGAAGGAGAGAGACUCAAGGUACGUCUUAGUGAUUUUUUCUUUUGUUUUUAGGGAUAAGUUUGAAAAUUAUAUUAGAUUUGCGAUCAACUUGGUGUAGAGGUAACAUCCUGGUUUUUCAGGAAGCCGGCCACAUAAACAAGUCACUAUCGACGCUGGCUAGAGUAAUCAGGGCGUUGUCUUCGCAACAAACCCACAUACCAUAUCGCGACUCGAUUCUCACUCACCUUCUCACUGACUCUCUUGGGGGUAAUUCCAGGACCGCAUUUGUCCUUACGAUGCAUCAAGGGGAGAAGUAAGUGACUUGACUUAACUUGUGGCCGAGCGUACUAAAAUCAUUUGUAAAUUCCAUCGUUUAUAAUGUUAUUUUAGAUUCAUCGAGACGACGAUUUCAACUGCACAAUUUGGAAAUACUCUGAAGUUGAUCGAGAAUAAGGCCCAUGCCAAUGAAGAUGUUAUAUGUGAGAGCUGGAAGUUGGAAAUGGCUCGUCAACACCAGCUAAACAAGGAUAAAAUCAGUAAGUUUGUGGUUGAAAAUAUUCUGUUUAAUUUGAUCAUGGCUACGUUAAUUGUUGUAGAUCAACUUCAAAUGGCAUUAGACGAAGCAUUGGAGAAGAACCGGAAAGAGAAAGAAGCGUUUGAAGAAUCGUUUGCUAAAUUGAAACAAGAAUACGACGAGAAGCUGAGUGAGAAGGCGCAGGAGUACAAGAAUUUGGAGCGUAGUUACAAUCACAACAAGGAAAAGAUAAUUGCGUUGGCCAAGGGAUCGGUCAAAAUUGAGAAAUACUCCUCGGUGAAGAGAGAGAACGUAGCAUUACAGGCAAAGGUUAAUGAAUUGAUGGGAGAAGUGGAAAAGAUGGCCAAUAAGUUGAUGGAGACAGAGGCCGAAUUGGAGGAAGAAAAGAUACGACGAGACGAUUCUGAGGAACUUUUGGAUGUAAGUCGAGAUUUUGUUGUUGUUUUUUGGGAUCAUGGGUAAUAAAAACAGUAGUUUUAGAGCCCCCAAAUUGUCAAGAAAAACAAGUACAGACGAAUGACGAUGUUUGAUAUCACGGAUCGACAGGACUGUUUGGAAAGGCGGGUCAAGAGACUGACCGACACCUCGAUGCUCCUCAAUGAGGAUGGAGAUGCUCUGUCGGAUAAGGAGAUGGAAAAGGAAAACGACAAAGAAUCAAAUGAGAAGACAAAGAAACCGGAAGUUAUUGCGACGAAUUACACCGGCUUCUUGGACAAGGUGAAGAUGGCGAAGGACGAAAAACUAAUGGUCAUCAAAAGGAUUAAUGAGGUGAUCAAAGACGAAUUGAAGAGAUUGACGGAGAAGGAGGUUGCCGAUUACAAUGAGAGAAUGAGCCAGGCGAUAAAAAAAUACGAUGAAAAGAUGGAAGCUUUCGAAAAAAGUCAGACAAAUUAUAUUACGACUAUACACAGGCUUAAAGAGGUAGGUCAAAGAAGUAUAGGCUUGUAUGUGUAAGGGUUUUUUUUUGUCUUUGAAGCACAUGGAAUUCUUGACGAAAAUUCGGAAGGGUAGUUUCUAGAGGGACUUUUUGGAAAAAGAAAUUUGCGAAAAGUGAAAAGGAAGAGCCGCCGGAGCGGAUCCCAUGUGGUCUAGUGGUUAGGAUUCGUGGCUUUCACCCACGCGGCCCGGGUUCGAUUCCCGGCAUGGGAAGAAUUCUUUUUUUGACUUUGGAAAUUCAUAACAUAAGUCAAAAUUGUAAUAAAAUAAUUGUUUUUACUUUGCAGGAACUUCAGUCCACCCAAAGAGAACGCGACGAUCUCUUCUUGCAAGCCACCGAGAACCUGGGACAUCAAAAUAACAAACAGAAGAUCUCAUAUGUCAACAAAUUAAGGGAAAAGAAUAUUGAUCUAACAAAUGAGAAUGCUGAACUGAAGGAAAAAAUAUAUCUAAUGGAGCAUGUACAAUGA